AUUGUCAGAAUCUUGGAAGGCCAUAUAUCCAAAUCAGAUGGUUUUAGAAUUAAUUGUCCUAUUGUGAUAAAGAACACACAGCCUUUUUACAGCUUUAAAUUGCAUCUAGUUCAAUAGCAAUUAAUGCAGCAGUAGGUUAAGAAAAUUGGUUUUCCAAACCAAUAUUGUCUGUCUACUGCUCUCAGCCACUCCAGUCCUUUCCAGUGGUAUCCAGUGCAGCUGGAGUAGAUCUUUCAUUUUAUCCCAUGCUUGUUAGCUGGUCAGUAAGUGAAGGGCGAAGAAAUAAUAAAUCUGAGAUUACACAGAAAUUCCAAUAGAGUUGGCAGUAUCCUUACAAAAGAAUAAGACAUAAAUACAACUGAAUUGUGGGGCAGGAAAAAGCAUAUAUUUAAGCUUUCUCAGGCAGCAUGAUCUGAACAUACUGACCAAAGUACGCAACCAUCUGAUUGGUACAAGCUGAUCAUGGUGAUCCAGACACAAAUGUAGAAAAGGAGGAAGAGAAAGAUCUAGUUAAUAAGUAAUUCCUGGCUAUAAUGCAAGUCUGAACAAACAGCACAGUUUCCCAGCAGUAAAGACAGUAUCUCAGCUUAAACACCCUCCAGCACAAGUGUAUUAUUCCUUCCUCUCACUAAGAAGAAUAUGAAAAACAAGAAGAGUUUUGCUCCACAAGAAGCAGAAGCACAUCCUUCCAGAUGUCCGGAUAACAGUGCAUUCAAACAACAGAGGCUACCAGCAUGGAAGCCCCAGCUUACCAUUGCGACUGUGCUCUCCACCUUCUUUCUCACAGGAGCAUUUUGCCUUUCUGUGGGAGUCUGCCUCAUACUGUCUGCAAACAGCGUCAGAGAAAUCCAGAUUAAUUAUUCAGACAAAUGCUCGGAUUGUUCAAAACUUCGCGAAAAUUCCUUUAAUUGGAAUAUUGAAUGCCUCUGUUCUAUUGAUUUCACGCUGAAGGAAGAUAUGUUGGGUGAUGUUUUUAUGUACUAUGGCCUGCAAAACUUCUAUCAAAACCACCGUCGAUACGUGAUAUCAAGAAGUGAUGCACAGUUGUUGGGUCGAGAUGUAAAUGUUCAGAAGAGCUACUGUGCACCCUUCACUACAUACAAAAAUGGAACACCAAUGGCUCCAUGCGGUGCUAUUGCCAACAGCAUGUUCAAUGAUACUAUUGAUCUUUUUUACAAUUUUAACUCAUCUGUUAUUCAAGUACCACUGCUGAAGACUGGAAACAGUUGGUGGACAGAUAAAAAUGUGAAAUUUCGCAAUCCAAAAUCACACAACCUCUCUUCUGCAUUUGCAGGGACAGCAAGACCUCCUUACUGGCAGAAACCAGUAUAUUUGUUAGAUGAGGAAGAUGAGAGGAACAAUGGUUAUAUAAAUGAUGACUUCAUUAUCUGGAUGCGAGUGUCAGCUUUUGCUACAUUCAGAAAUCUUUACCGUCGUAUCAGCCGGAAAAGACAUUUUGCUGAUGGCCUCCCAGCAGGGAAUUACACUUUCCAUAUUUCCUAUAAUUUCCCUGUAACCAAAUUCAAGGGGAAGAAGUAUGUGAUUCUUUCAACCAUGGUAUGGAGCGGAGGAAGUAACCCAUUCCUGGGAAUUGCCUAUGUGGUUUGUGGCACAGCAGCAACCCUGACAGGUUUUAUCAUAACUGCCAUCCACUUAAAGCUCAGAAAAAAGAAAACAUACUUUCAGAAGUAAUAAGGUUUCCUGGAUUUAUAAACAAUGGCAAAGGUUUGCUGUGAAUGAACAGGCAGCACAGGCCUUUCAUUCUUUCCCCUAAGCUCUAGAUCGGUUUCUGUAGCAGGUUUGGUGUAUGUAAGCAAAUUGAGGGGCAGUGCCCUUCCGUCAUCCAAAACCAAACUUAUAUGAGGCUGCAUUAUUAUUAAUGCAUAUGUGCUUCUAAGUUUGUUUCCUAGGAAACUGGUAAUGAACUGAGUUUCAAACAGGAGAUACUGUGGUUUAAAAUUCAAUGGCGGAGAAACUGUAUGGUACUAAUGUUUGACCAGAACUUGGGGUCCAUUUUCAUUUCUCAGCCUUUGAUUGAUACAAUAUUUCUAUUGGCUUAAUUGGAGCUUGGAUUAGUAAAAAAGUGAGGUCUCGAUCCAACAGAAAGCUUGAGCAGGUACUUGAUGGUCAAGUCUGUUUGUUGGUUGUAUGCAUGGGCUGAAUGGCUUGGCUCAGGUUUUAUACAGCUUUUUCAGCUAUCCUGAAAAAGCAGACAAUUUAUUUGCAGAUCAGUGCAGUAUAUUCAUCACAGUUUAAUACUUGAUUCAUAAUUGAAUACAGGCUAUUCUUUAGGAGUAUGGAGUGUGUUUAAACCCUCUUGGUUGGUUUUAUCUGGGUACCAAGACUAGCUUGCAGAGCUAGACAGAGGGCAUUACAAUUUAAUAGAAAGUUUAAAUUAAAAGCUCCUUCAAUGCUAACAUUUUAGCAGAAACAUCUAGAUAAUGUAACCAUUAAGCCACAGACCCAAACCUAUCUAACAGCCUUUUGUGAAAAAGUGCCCACUGACUCUCUAAGUGACAUGAAAUGUCUGUUCCCCAUUCAAGCCCUCAUUUCUGUGGUGCAAAGACUCAGUAAACACAAAACAUUAGAAAAUCUGACAACUUUAUUUUCAGAAAAUGAUUGUUGCAGCUGAUGAAUAGACUGUUAUCAAUUUUCAUGUUUCAUAUUUGAAACACUUAGAAGCAUUUUCCAGUCUCUUGCAAAAUGUAGGAUCAACGCUGAAGAAUUUAGAUCUAGUAUACUUACUAUGGCAUGUAUGAAUUUUUAAAAACAAUUUCUCUAUUGCAGAAGUAGAAAUGGAAUAAAACACCCUCAAUGAAUUUCUUUGAUAAGUAUUCUGUGUGCCUCACUCCACCCUCCACCCUCCACCCCACCCCAAAAAAAACAACACUAAAACAAGAAAGAAAAUACAUACUAGAGCAAGAGAAGAGAAUGUGGCAUAGGGAAGCUGUGUGACACUGUCAAGUCUGCCCUUAGAAAUGUAUCAGGCACUUAGGAUCUUACGACCUUUGACAGAUGGCCUCUGGUGAAUCUAUUUGCAGCAACAGAAGGUACCAUUUCCUUUAAUCCAUGCUUCAUAAUUGAGACAUGAGCAGUGGAAAGUGAUGCUGCUCAAGUUCAUAGCCUGGCCCAUUGGUACAAGCUUGCUCCAUCAAUGUUUUAUGUUGAUGUUCUGGGCUAAUGCAUGUGUCUGCUUCCGCUCUUCCUGGUCAGGGCCAGUCAUUUCCAUCAGCAAGCUGUGGAAACUGGGUUCCAGUAUUUCAGACCAUUGCAUCUGAAUCUGCCAGGGGCUGUGGGUGAAAGCUAUCCCUCAGUGGACCAGACGAGACAGGGCAUAAAGCAGUACAUUUAACAAUGCUUAAGCUCAUUAGUCUAAAUCACUUCUAACAAUGAGAUGUACUCCUAAACCUUCUAAAUUCUUUUGAAAAUUUAAUCCCAUGCAGCCUUCUGGAAGGCCCUGAUGGGAGCUGCUGCCAAAGCUGAACUCAGGAUUUCUGGCUCCAAACAGACCACAGGACUCUUUUUUUUUUUUUUUUUUUUUUUUUUUCCCUUUUUCCCCCUUUUCCCCCCCGUUCACUCUUUUUUUUUUUUUUUUUUUUUUCAUUUUUUUUAAAAUCCUCUGAGAAACUGGCUUUCAGGAAAUGAUAUAUCAUCUGGGUGUUUAAGUCACGGCACAAUUGCCAUUGAUGUUAUUUCUUUGUGGAAUAUCUGGUAAAAAUGUUAGUAAAAGGAGACUGAAUAAUGAGGUAUGUAUUUCAGUAAGUCAGUGUCUAUGAGAAAAAAAAAUAUAUUUAGAAAACACAGUCUAGCAAGCAGCGUUCACAGUAUGUCCUUUAUCUCCCAGAGGUUUGUGCAAGAACCUGGCUCAUCUCUUGAAAUGUGCAAUGUCUUCAAACUCCUCCACAGGGAAAACCUGUCUUCAAACAAAUCUUCCUCUGUCUAUUAUUCCGGAAGUUAUCUAAGUCUUCAUUUAUGAAAAUAAAGGUUCUUUUUCAUCUUACCACAACUUUAAA